AUGGCCAUCGCCCGAUUCCUGUCACGUGGCGGUGGCUUCUGCAGCAGCCAGGCGGAUGCAAGCUUGAAGGAGGUGGGGCUCGAGUCGCUGUGCCCCACGCAUUACAACAGGACGACGGCUGACUUCGUGCACCGCUAUCUCUGCAAGACUCAACAGACGACGCAGCAGGUUCUCAAGGGCCUGCAGAACAAGUCCAUCGCAUUAAUUUGCGAUGCCAGCCCCAAAGCGAAGCACGACGAGUCUGGGCCGAAAGCACUCAAUGCUCUCAAAGAGGACAGAUUGGCUGCCAAGCAGGAGCUGAAGGCUGUUUCGAAUGCAAUGAGCCACAUUGGCCUCAGCCUCGACCAGCUGUUCCCGAGCACCCCGUGUGCUCCAGUCAACCCCGACGCCGAAGAGAGACGACUUCACGCGACGGGCGAUGGGGUUCUGGGUUAUGUUGUGAACCGAUCGACAGGCAGCAGCCGUUGGGACACACAUAUGCCGGAUGAGGCCCUCCGCCUCAUUCUUUGCCCCGACCAAGGGGGACCUCUCUUUGCUACGUUUCAAUUCUUGGCUGAGCAAGACGAUGUGCUGAUGGAGCUGUUCAGCAGGGACAUCUUGAAGGAGAACGGCCUGCCCUACACUUCGGAUGCCAAGCUGAACUUCGAGAGGACGAUCGACAUCCUCGGCAAGACGAUGAAGUAUAACAGUGAGUCCUUCUCUUGGUCUCGAUGGUGCUCAUGGGCCCAUACUGCCGCAAACUUCCAGAUGUCGUGCACUUUGCUCUUGAUUCUAUGGAGCUCCCUCGAGGCCUGGCUUAGUCGCUGCUCGUGUUGCUGUAUGCAAGCCUGCCUGGCUACCGCGAACACAGGGACAAUCUCUCGAUUCUCUUCCCCGCUCAACUCGCUCCUGCUUUCCCUCUCUGUCUCUGUCUGUGUGUGUUUCUCUCUCUCUCUCUCUCUCGCUCUGUCUCUCUCUCUCUCUCUCUCUCUCUCUCUCUCUCUCUCUCUCUCUCUCUCUCUCUCUCUCUCUCUCUCUCUCUCUCUCGCUCUCUCAUCCAAUCAAUCAAUCUCUCUCUCUCUCUCUCUCGCUCUCUUUCUUUCUUGCUCUGUUUCUCUUUCUCUCUCUCUCGCUCUCUCUCUCUCUCUCUCUCUCUCUCUCUCUCUCUCUCUCUCUCUCUCUCUCUCUCUCUCUCCCUCCCUCCCUCUGACUCAUGAUUCCAUUCGACAGGUGCCUCCUAGCUCAGGGUUUGGAUGUUAG